AUGGCACGCAGUACCAUUAUAGCAAGUAAGCCGUGUGCUGUUUGCAUAAAGCGUAAGGUCAAGUGCGACCGGCUGGUUCCCUGCACGAACUGUGUCAAGAGAGGUGGGGCGGCAGAAUGCGAACGAGCAGACACCAUCAAACGUCCAAGACUCGGAAACCCGUCUCCGGGGAGCGAUUGGCUUCUCUUAUGGCAAGAAUAUGAAUACUGGGUGCUCAAAGUGGGUAUAUUCAAGGAUAUGCCCUCAAAUAAACGGGCAGCAGUAGAUCUGAAUGCAGAUCUGAAGGCUGUGAAAUUCUGGAGCAACUACCUACAAGCAGAAACUUCCUUCAAGUUGCUGGACUACUCCAUGGAAAAGCUAGGUGGUCUAUAUUUUGGGUGCCUGAGUGAUAUAGGUGAGUUAUACCUAAAACUUGAGGAAUACUGGGCGCGCCGUGAGAAUAAAGACGAGCCGUCAAGUAUCGACGAAUAUCUCUGGGACACAUUAAUAUGGGCAGUCCUUACUAUGGCAGUCUACUAUAUGCCCCUGAGUGAGCUUUCAUCUAUUAUGGACGACCAACCGGUUGUAGAUUGGUAUGGGCAAAAGAUUCCCGGGUGGUCCGAGGAACUACAACAUGGAUUGUAUUACGGAUUCUUACGAACCGCGCUCACUCAUCUGAAAAUGGCUGAUUUCAUGAGCUGCUCCGAUGUAAGGAUUAUACAAAUUUACCUGAUUCUAUCAAGUACCUCAUUCAUCCAGUUGGAAAGAUCCUUGGCCGACAGUGUGCUGGUACAAUGCAUUCAUGUAGCGAAGGCUUUACAGGUGGACCAAUUUAGGCCCAUGGUUAGCGAUUCGGCUGCUUUACGGCUAACAAAACUGACAGCCCAGAAGAUAUGGUACCGGCUCUGCUUCUGUGACUAUUUGCAAUCUGGGCCCAAUAAACUUCUAUGCAUUCACACGGAAAACGAUUCGCUGAUAACACAUGCAGCUUACUAUGAGGAAAUGCCAGGGGUAGAUAUAUACCAAAGUGAAGAUACAUAUGAAACCCUACUCUGGAAGCUUAUCUCACUUGACAGAGACUUAGAACAAUAUUCUCUGAAAAAGCCGUCUUUGAAGUCACUGGACGCCAUCAGACGUCAAUUAGACAUAUUCACGGUAAAAUUGGAUUCAAUUGAUGAUAUUCAUUCAUUUAAUUCCAAAUUUGAAUCUUUUCAAUCUAGACUGAUUUUAAACCUCACGUACUGGAAGUCCUGCAAACUAUUUCUGUCUUAUUAUUCUUCACAAACCAGUAAUGAUCAGCUGAACACAUAUACAGAAAUUAUCAUUGCUCUAGUGUUGAAGAACAUAAAAUCUAACUUAUCCAGUUUCAAUCGAAACCCAUAUGUGUUGUACGCUUUGUCUUUAUUGCUUGGGUACCAUAGCAUGAAAAACGUGUUUGAUUACUCUGAGCAGAACGAACAACUCGUGGUGGACUUGAGAGAACUGCUCAAAACGUAUCUUGUGGCAUUCCAGCCAACAUGCAUUAAAAUACUACUGGUAGCUAAGCGGGUAACAAAACUAGCAUACCUAUGGAAGAACAUUCGCAUUAUAGAUACUGACGAUCCAGUGCAACAUCCAGUGUUUAAGAUCUUAAAGGCGGAUAUAAAAGCUGUACAAAAGAAGAUGAACAAGCUUCCAACGCUUCUAAACUUUGAUACUUCCGCCAUUGCCUUGGAAGAUGAAGGCGAAACAAAAGAAAGUACCGAAUUUAGGGCUAUUAUUAAAGAGUUUGAAACACAAAAUAGUUUCCAGAAGAUUUUAUAUGGGAAUUAA